AUGAUCAACUCAUUCCCGCAUAAUGAUGUCAGAAAAAGAGCAGACGAUGUUGCUAAAUAUACUCAAUGUCCUGGUACCUUUCCCAUCACUGUUAUAGAAGAUACAUACACUCCAGCAGUAAUUGUACCUGGUGUAAACAUCACCCAACACAUUAUAUGGGAUAGCACUGUCGAAAUUUCACCAAAAACCGUCCUUGACUUGACUGUCACCCACCUUGAUGGCACAUUGAUAUUUUCACAUAAAGAGAUUUAUUGUACAAGUUCGCAGAAACCCCUUAAUGUAGAAUGUCCAAUUCCACCAGGACAUCUCGACUUUAAAUCUCUAUAUCUGUACGCUAGUACUCCUGACCAACCUAAGGGUGUAACUACUGAGUUUCUCGCAAAUCAAACUCUUAUCAGCCCAGAUGGAACUAUUUUAAUGUGUACAGAAGGCAAGGGCUCCAUAGCAUUUCCUUAG